AUGGCAACAUCGCAAGAAGCAAUUGAUGCUUUUAAUGCAGCUGGCGGAAGCGGUCAAGAUACACAAGAUGAUACAAUUUCCAAUCCGAUCGAAGUUGAUGACAACGACGCACUUGAGAAUGAUUCCGCAUUCGGUGGAUCUGCAGCGAGCAACACGAGUAAGACAUCGUUAACGUCUGGAAUUACUCGAUAUAGAGAAGAGAAUGGUCGGAGAUAUCAUGCUUAUAGAGAUGGUAAAUAUCUGAUGCCCAACGAUGAUGACGAGCAAGAUCGCAUGGAUCUACUUCAUCACGUUUUCAAUCUUGUUUUAGAUGGCAAGCUGUACUUGGCCCCGAUUGAGAACCCUCAGCGGGUACUUGAUGUUGGAACCGGUACUGGGAUUUGGGCUAUUGAUUUCGCCGAUCAAUAUCCUUCAUCGCAUGUUGUGGGCUGUGACUUAUCUCCAAUUCAACCUGGCUGGAUUCCUCCAAAUCUUGAAUUUGAAAUCGAUGAUGUCGAAGAUACAUGGCGUUAUAGUCAGAAAUUUGAUUUUAUACACAUUCGCUCCUUGGGCGGUUCUAUAGCUUCUUGGCCUCAUCUUCUCGACCAAGCUCGUGAUAAUCUGAAUGAGGGAGGGUUUAUCGAGCUUGUAGAUUUCGAAUACCACGGAUACUCAGACGAUGGGACAGGAGAGCUCGCCCCAUCGUUCCAAAAGUGGCAAGCGGGCCUUGAUGAAGCAUCCAGAUUAUUCGGCCGAGACUUGAAUGUCGCUAUGAAAUUCAAAGAUUGGUUGGAAGAAGCUGGAUUUGAAGCAGUGGUGGAGAGACAUUGGAGGCUCCCUAUGGCACCUUGGGCUCGAGAUCGUCGCAACAAGGAAAUUGGCCUCUAUAUGCAACAAAACAUGUUAGACGCAACUGUCGCGUACGGAAUGGCGCAUUUCACACGGAUAUUAGGAUGGAGUCCGGAAGAAUACCAAGUCCUCGCCGCCGGCGUCCGCAACGAAUUCAAAGACCCUCGCGUCCACAAUUGGUGCAACAUGUAUGUCGUCCACGGACGCAAACCUCUCAGUAGCGGAGAGGAAACUAUUGCGCCUGCGGUGGGAGCACCUGUGCUUUCUCUUGGUGCUGGGUUUGUCUCUGAUAGAGAGAUGAAGUUGGGAGGGAAGGAAAAUAAGGAGAAUAAUAAGGAGGGGAAAAAUACGAAUACGAGAGAGGAGAAAGUAAGCAGUGAGAAAAUUGAGGAGCAGAAGAGAGAUGAAAGCGAUAUCGCAGCCGCGGUUCAAGAAGCGGCGGAUAAUGUGGUGGCGCGGGGAAAGGGAAAGGGGGAGGGGAGCGUAUUGGGAAGUGUAUCUGCAACUGCAGCGGGCAAGGGGAAGAAAAAAAGUGGUAAUGACUUCGUUGGGGAAAAGGAAAAUGAGGUGAUGGUGUAA